UAUAAAAACAUGUCCGAAACUCUCAUCGUCCUCACCAGAAUCUUCUCUGACUCAUCACAUUCACUUCAAUUCCCUAGAAAAAAAAAUGUCGGCAGAGGCAGAGAACAUCCCCACCAACGUCGCCUCAGGUGCUGCAGAGGGAGCUAAAGCGAAGAAGACGAAGGAAGCUAAACCUAAGAAGAAGCCUGCUGCAGAGAAGAAGAAGGCUCCGAAGAAGAAAACUUCUUCUUCUCCUCCAUCUCACCCUAAAUACGAAGAUAUGAUUAAAGACGCGAUCACGACGUUGAAGGAGAGGACCGGAUCUAGCCAAUACGCGAUUCAGAAGUUCAUCGAGGAGAAGGAGAAGUCUCUUCCUCCUACCUUCAGGAAGCUUCUUCUCGUUAACCUCAAGAGACUCGUCGCUGCUGAGAAGUUGGUUAAGGUGAAAGGAUCGUUCAAGCUUCCCUCUGCUAAACCGGCGGCGGUUAAGAAGAAACCAGCAGCUGUAUCUAAACCGAAGGCUAAAGUUGCGGCGAAGGCUCCGGUUAAAGCUAAACUGGCGGUUAAAGUAGCCAAGAAGCCUGCUGCUGUAGCUGCAAAGCCAAAGGCGGCUAAGCCUAAAGCGAAGACAAAGACGGUUGCUGCUGUGUCGAAGACCAAAGCUGUUAAGGCUAAGGAGAGACCUGCGAAAGCGGCGAGGACUUCGAGUAGAACGUCUCCAGGGAAGAAGGCUGCUCCUGCUAAGAAAGCGGCGGCUGCGAGUAAGAAGGUGGCUCCGGUUAAGAGCGUGAAGGCGAAGACUGUGAAGUCUCCGGCGAAAAGGGCUUCAACGAGGAAGGUGAAGAAGUAGCUUCUCUAGGAUAUGGUGGUGGUUAAGCUUCUUUUAGGGUAGUCUUGUAUAAUUGAAUCAUCCUUGAAGGGAGCUUUGCUUUCCAUAGUUUUUCUUUUUGGUUUCUUCUUGAAACCUUGUUCUUGUAAUUCUUUUUUUUGGUUUGUCUGAAAUGAAGCUUUUUAAUCAAUAGUUAAA